AUGAACCAGUCGACGUACCUCGAGUGCCAAAUUCACCAGGCACAAAGCCUUUUGAGUUUCAACAAAGACCAGCUGAGCAGGGUACCUGUGCCUCCAGAUUACCUCUCCGUAGAGUGGACAGUGAGCCGUGUGUUUAAGCCAUCAAGCGUACGAGGAAAGCCUUGUGCCACCGUCGCUUGUUACAGCAUUCACCAUCUGCUUCUACAAAGCCGAUUCGACGUCAUGGUACCGCCGACCUCGACUUUCCACCUCAACGUCGAGGCCAUUUCUGGCAUCUGCGGAUCCAUCUCCAUUGCUUGCUGGGUUGUCGUCUUCUCCCCCCAGAUUAUCCAAAAUUUUCGACGCGGCAAUGCGGAUGCCCUAUCCAUCCAAUUCAUCAUUGUCUGGCUGCUCGGUGAUGUCUUCAACAUCAUCGGCGCCGUCAUGCAGGGCGUCUUACCCACAAUGAUCAUCCUCGCCGUCUACUAUACUCUGGCCGAUAUUGUACUACUCGCACAGUGUUUUUACUAUCGCGGGUUUACCUGGAAGGACCCUGCACCCACUCCCAAAUCAGACAGCAGACCAAACGAGCGAACCGCCCUCCUCGACGCACCCCAAGAACGCAGGGGUUUCGACUGGACUGGCCUCUCACCGGCUGUCCCGCAUAUUUCUGAACCGUCCAAAGAGCCGCGGCCGGCACCAACAGUUCUUCAAACCAUUACGUGGAACUCAUUGAUUGUGAUCAUGGUCUGCGCAGCCGGUGUCAUGGGCUGGUUCUUGGGCGAGCGUGCCAAGGGGCCACGGGAACACCGGCCCGAAAACACCAAUGACACGCUCGAGUUCAACAAAGUCGGCCAAUUCUUCGGUUAUCUGUGCGCUAUCGCCUACAUUGCCUCUAGGAUGCCACAGUUGAUUCUCAACUACCGUCGCAAGACCACCGACGGAUUGAGCAUGCUCUUCUUUCUAUUCGCCUGUUUGGGAAACAUCACAUAUGUGCUCUCCAUCUUUGCUUUCGAGCCCAAGUGCGGCGACAAGCGCUGCAAACACGGCGAGGCUGGCCAGAUCUACGGCAAAUACCUCCUCGUGAACCUCAGUUGGCUCGCCGGCGCUCUCGUGACCCUCUUUAUGGACUUUGGCGUCUUUGCUCAGUAUUUCAUUUAUAAGACGGAUGAUGACGAGCUGGAAACGUCCGAAGACGAGGAGGAGCGCGUGGUAGAGAGUCCCCGGCCCAGUCGUCACGUCGACACCAACGGAACCACGCCUCAAGCAGACAAAUGGGACCAGCGCCCUCUGCUGCAGCGUCACGACUCGAAUCAUCGCUAA